CUUCAGGACAUCCACGGCUCUGGAAAAUGGCUGACAUUGGGAUUUCGUUUUCAGCCAUCAAGUCGCUGCUCAUCUUUUUUGCGCCUGUUCUGAUCCCCCGAGCAAUCAACCUCCUCCGAAGCUUGCGGACUGCAAUCACACAACGUCCAUCUCCUCGUCCUCUUCCAUCGAUUACCUCUCGAGCCCUGAAUGUUCUCUUCUCCACUACUCUCUUCUUCCUGCUACUUAGUCUGCCAUUCAAUCCGCGCGCGCCGCCCCCGAAUAUCUUCUCCCUGACUCGCUCGCGCCUCAAUACACCGACGGACAUCAUCUUCACUCGUCUAGCACGACUGCGGCCGGGCGGCACUUUGACUCCUGCAGAUGAUCUGCUCAGGUCCAAAUUUACGUCUCUUGGGGCCCGGAAGUUGUACCUGAGAUUUGGAGCGGAUGCGUUGACAUCAUGCCAGUUCUGCUCACUGGACAACACCAGCACGUAUCUCUUGUACUAUCUGCCGUAUAACACGCUGCUCCCACACCUCUUCCAUUUGCUCAUUCUCGGUCUCGUCACAUCCGCGCCGUUUGCAGGUCAGGAGGCAGCACGGUGGCGUACCAAGUUUACCGUUGCAGGUCUCGUUGUGGCUGCAGUCGACUUCUACAUCGCUGUCAGAUACGACCCGGUUCAAUCUGCACCAGUUGCUGUAAGAGCGGGUCAACUACCUCCCUCGAGCCUGUAUAAUCAAGUCGCAUUAUUGCGUCCCCUGGCCUUUGCGAUAUUCGACUGCGUAUGUGCGGCGUUGAUCUACAUGUCUGCUACGAACCGAUUGUCAUUUUCCCCGCCCACACUGCAACGAGAACAGGUUGACCAACUGAUCGCGGCCACGACCUCAUCGCUGAGAGAUACCAGUGCAAAAUUGCAUGCACUAAACGUCACGCGGAAUGCGGUGGUGCGGGACAAGGCCCUUAAGGACCGCGACGAUGUAUACUGGCGGGCCGUCGUCUCCGCGGACGGUGACCCGGCCAAGAUAAUGGCGCCGGCCAGUGUCUGGGACGAAGAGGAUGUUGUGCGGGCUAUUUCCAGAGUCAUGGCUGGACACGGGGGCGUUGAUUUGGAGAAAUUGAACUCCACUGUUGGCGACUAUGUCAACGGAGUUACGGCUGGCCUGGAAAACGCGGAUGAUGAGAAACGCCCGUAGCCAGUGUGACACGGAGGAUACCGUUUGGGCGCUGACAAGAUAUGGCAGAAAUAUGAUGUAUACAGCGCAAAUGCUAAUGAUUAAC